AAAAUGGCAUAUGGGUGAAAAGUUUUGAAUGGGUGUAAACCGGCUAGAGUCGGUUAAGUUUUGUAGUCCUGCCUGACUUCGGCGGCGGGUCGCCGGGAACCACGAGACCGACGGCGCUUCGCCGGAAACAUCAGAGAACGUGCUUUCUAUAUUUGAGGCUAUGGCAAUCGAUCCCGUUCCUCCUCAUAUCGCCGCUCAGCUCAAUUACCUCAUCUCUAACUGUCCAUUUCCAAUCAAGGUAGAACAAAUGUGGGGUGGAGGCAAAAACCUUGGCCUGUGUAUUUUUGAUCGCUUCACCAUAGCUAUCCCCUUUUGUCUUGACAUCAUAAAAUGGGAUGUUAUAUACAAUGCAGCUUAUCCACUCACGGCACCGGAUGUAAUAUUUGGGCCGGAUGACGAGAGCUUUCAGCCAUAUCAUAGCGUUGGCAAUGCAGGGGAGAAGAAAAAUGCACUGACUGACUGGAACAACAAAGACCCCUCUCGGCUCUUGUCACUCAUUCUUGAGCUCAGGGAGUUGUAUAUGGCUUACCAAAGGAAACGAGUUGCAGAAGUUGAUGAUGACAGGUUAAAGUUCGAAUUCAGCACUAUGCUUCCAAGAGAGGGAAUUGAGUAUUUUUUGACUUCCGUGUUUGACAAGCCAGAAGAGGUCAAAUUUUCCAUACCUUUACUGGAUUUGGACUUGAACAAGAUGGUUGUGGGAUCAACCUGGAAACAUCAGCAAAAAAUAUAUUUACAGGUCAUAUUUCCUGUUGGCAGAAAAUACUUGGCCCCACGCCUGAAGUUGGUUUCCUCUUCUGAAUUGAAAUCCGUAUUUUCUGUUGAAGAUUUCAGGCUUCCUUCAUGGGUGGAUGGAAUGUGCACUGCUGAAUACCUUCCAAAUUUGGAAGUCAUGCUUGCAACACAGAUUAAAGAUGCAGUUUCUUCCAUUGAAACCAGAAGGAAAUUCAUCAUGGCCUUAGCUCCUCUUUUGGGAAGGCCACUUGAAGCUGAUCCGGUUUUCUGCAGGAAGGCUAGCUUUCUAGCACAAUCAGGCCUUUUCAGUUUUAUGGUACACGUCUCCAUCCCGCUUCAGUUCCCCAAGCAACGUCCAAGCAUGAUGCUGCAGAGCACGCAGCACUUCAAUUCGGUCAACGUGCCCCUCAAAUCUCUUGCCAUGACUGAAUAUCCGUGGAGUCCUAGGUGGGAACUAUCAGAAAUGGCGGAAAGGAUCUUUGAUUUUCUAGUGGAGGAAUGCCUGAACUUCAAAAAGUACUGUAGUGAAGCCGUUCUCCAGCACAUCCAGCAACGUUGACAUAGUUGCUCGGAAGCUAUGACUAUGAUUGUUCAUAAGGUUAAUGUACCAUUUCAUCCCUGAGACAAUUAACAUGUACUUAAGCUCUAGGAAUGUAAAAUGCUGUGCUGGUAGUUUUGUUAAAUUGGUGCUCCAUUUCAGCUGUUUGUUCCAUAUAAUUACUCCUCUCCCAAAAAAAUUAAGCUAAAAAAGGGUA